AUGAUCUUUGAGGAGACUUUUGAACAAAAUGUGCAACGUUGGAAGAAAGCUUUCAUUGAUGCCGUUGCGAUAUCACCACUCCUGCUCAUUCUGUACCCAGGUUCCAGAGAACAUAUCUCCAUCUCACUUACUUUACAGGUCGGAGGACGACUUGCAUCUUAUGGAAAACCGGAACUCCUCCAAUGUAUUGAGGAAAUGCUCUGGCGUUGUAUUAUCGGUGUCGCGUGGGGCUGUUGGACAAGUGACACUGGAUUGACAAACUUCUUGACUGAGGCUGCACCAUUGAUCCGAGGUGACUCUGAGGGAGCGGAUACCUGGUUUUCUGAUGCAUUUGCUGCCCUUGUUCAGUGUAACCAAAUCCUUGGCCUGGAGGUUCGUGUAGGAUUGGCAAAUGUUGCUUGGCUUAAUAAUAGUCGAAACUUUAAGGGAGCUCGCAAGGUGGGACCCCAGGCAGAACAACGCAGAGGACGUUCAUCAUCGCCAGCACAGAAACACCGAGUAAAACGGAAACCAAGGUCUUGCAGUGCCCCUCCUCAAUUACUUCUUAAUGCCUGCCACCUCCCAGCUUUUACACUUGGUUCGAUUCCCAAGGUUCACCGCCUCUUGACAUUGCAAGUGGAACAAUGGGGCCACAGACACUUUCCGGCGCUCUGGCCCCAUCCACCAAACACUGGCUUGAACAUUAACGACCUCCUCACCAUUGAGCUUGGUCAAAUCGGUGAAGACGGUUCUUUGUUUGAGGUUCAAGAUCGAGCGUUGCUGGAUGGAUGGCAUAAGUGCUGUAUUAAUGCCUCAGUUUCACUUUCUGUAGCACCUGCUGUAGAGUCAGCACUGGUAUAUCGCCUGGAUUUCGAUUUGGCCAUCAACAAUCCUGUUCGCACUCUUGAACGUUUUUGUGACCACAACAUACUAGUGGUUGGUGCAACGACAUCUCAGAUCACUUGGACGCUGUCAUCACUUUCUAAGAUCGGAAAUCCUCAUGCAAAUCGAGAUUUUCAAGACCACCAAGGACAGGGCCAUGACAUGCAUCUGUCUUUACGUGAACUGCAUGAAGAAAGCCAGGAAAAUGAAGGUCUUAUUUUGAGUGCGCUUCGUCUGCCCUGCCACACCCAGGAUUUGCAUCCCUUACAACUAAUUUUUUCCAGUGACAUGGGAGUUUUCAAACAGACGUCUGUUAACACAGAGCGCAUCUUUCAGACAGAGGGGUAUCCUGCAUCCACCACCCACUUCUGGUAUGUGGCAACGAAAAGUGCUAUUGACCGCAUCAAGCCCUAUUGUCUUGGGGUUUGUACAGUUAUCCAAGUUCAUUGUGGCCGCCAGCUUUGGUACCUCUUUCAACGUCACGUUAAAAAGCGUGACAAGUUGAUACAUGUGUACCAUGACUGGGAUUCUGACUUCGUUAAUGACCCAAAGCAAUGGAAAGCAGAAGUUGUUGUCCUCGAGCCUGGUAAUGUCCUUUUCAUUCAACCAGGCACUCUUCAUGCAGUAGUGACACUCGAAAAUUCCAUUGUCAGAGGACAACAUUUUUACACUACUACAACUUUGUCAAAAACUGUUUCGGGUCGGGUUGAUACUUAUAUACAUGGGGUUGAAAUCGAGAGAGUUCUGUACUUCCAACUGAGGGAUCUCCUCUUUCGACUGAUUUUGUACCUUGAAGAUGGGCUGAACACUGAUAGCAUAGAAAAUGAUUCGUCCAAAUUCAAGGUCAAUACAGCUGAAGGGCUUCUCGACAUAGUUGCACUCAGCAACUUGCUCCUCUCCCUUCCUGCCUUAGACAUUGUCACUAUUUUCGAUGCUCAUAAACCAGAUGCAUAUGGGCCACUCAGCAAGGGGAGACAGGCAUAUUUUGACAUAAUAUAUCGUCUUCAGGAGCAGUACUCUCUGAUUCUCUUUCCCGACACACCACUUGCCCAUGAUGCAUUCACCAAACCUUUGGAUUCUCUGGUCUCACUUCGCAUUGCUGAUUUUGCAAAGACUUCUGCCAUUCAUUUUGCAUGGUCUUUGAUACUAUCUGCAAGGAAAGCACAGGGUUGGCAGAAGGUGUACUUGAAGCCUUCAAACAGUCAGUGGAGAGGACACUGGACUUCUUUUUCGCUUGUACUGGAACGUUGGGAGACUGUAAAUAUGUGUCGAUAG